GUAGUGUGACAUCACUACAGGCUACAGGCUCAAACCGACACAACAGCGUCAGCCUCCGCGCAGUUAAUGUUGGUAACCGAAGGUGACUGUGCAACAUUGCUCAAACUGGUCCUCUGCAUAAGCUUCUAAAACGAUUUCAAGCGCGAUUAUGGCGUCAAAUGAUUAUGCCCAAACCUCAAGCCAUGGUUAUGGUGGUUAUGGAGGACAGUCCAACCAGAGUUACAGUCAACCCUCCAGCCAAAAUUACAGCCAGCAGAGUUAUGGAGGAUACAACCAAAACUCAGAGAGCAGCUCUGCUAAUAAUCAGGGUGGAUAUAGUUCCAGCUAUGGACAGUCCCAAUCAGGAGGAUAUGGGUCUCAGCCGCCCUCUCAGGGCUAUAAUCAGUCCAGUCAGUCAUACAGCUCUGGAGGCUACAGUAACAGCAGCCAGCCUCCUCCAGCUCAAAGUGGAGGCUACAACCAGCAAUCCUCUUAUUCGAACUAUAAUCAACAGCAGUCUGCUCCUCCAUCUGCCUCUAGCAGCUAUGGCAGCAGCUCGCAGUCAUCUGGCUACGGUCAGCAGCAGCAGCAGCAGCAGGGUGGGGGUCAAUCUGGAGGAUACGGGGGCAGUGGAGGACAGAGCAGUGGAUACGGGGGUAGCGGGGGGCAACACCAGUCCUCUCAGCAUGGAGGAGGGCCUUGCAACCAAUCUCCCAACUACAGCUCUCCUCCAGCUCAAAACUAUGGGCAACAAAAUCAGUACGGACAGGGAGGCUACAGCCAGGAUGCCCCGCCAAUGAGUGGUGGUGGAGGAGGCGGCUAUGGUGGCCAGGAUGGUGGAUAUAGCCAGGAUGGUAGAGGUGGACGUGGGCGCGGAGGUGGCUUUGGAGGUCGAGGAGCGGGUGGGUUUGACAGAGGUGGUCGUGGAGGACCCCGUGGCAGAGGAGGAAUGGGAAUGGGUGAUCGUGGAGGAUUCAAUAAGUUUGGUGGGCCCAGGGAUCAUGGAGCUGGUGGGCCCAAUAUGCAGGAGCAGGAUAACUCUGACAACAACACCAUCUUUGUACAAGGUCUUGGAGACGACUAUACCGUGGAGUCAGUAGCAGAUUUCUUCAAACAGAUCGGCAUCAUCAAGAUCAAUAAGAAAACAGGAUUACCCAUGAUAAAUCUGUACACAGACCGAGAGACAGGGAAGCUUAAAGGGGAGGCUACUGUUUCCUUUGAUGACCCCCCUUCUGCAAAAGCAGCCAUUGAUUGGUUUGAUGGUAAGGAUUUUAAUGGAAAUCCUAUCAAGGUGUCCUUCGCUACUCGCAGAGCUGAAUUUGGACGCGGCGGUGGCAGCAUGAGAGGUGGUCGAGGAGGGCCAAUGGGCCGUGGGGGAUUUGGGGGUGGAAGAGGUGCUGGUGGUGGUUUCCCAGGCAACAAUGGUGGCGGUGGCGGCGGCGGUGGUGGUGGUGGUGGUGGCCAGCAAAGAGCAGGAGACUGGAAAUGUUCAAACCCAACUUGUGGUAAUUUGAACUUCUCAUGGCGAAAUGAGUGUAAUCAGUGCAAAGCUCCCAAACCGGAGGGAAGUGGAGGAGGAAUGUCCCCGAUGGGAGGUGGUUUUGGUGGAGACAGAGGCAGAGGCGGUUUUGAUCGAGGUGGUUUCCGCGGCCGUGGUGGCGAUCGAGGGGGCUUCAGAGGAGGGAGGGGAGGUGACCGGGGAGGAUUUGGACCUGGCAAGAUGGACUCACGGGGUGAACACAGACAUGACCGCAGAGACCGGCCUUACUAAUGGGAGAAAUUCUCUUUUGUCCAAACAAGACUUUAAUUCGAUGUGGGACCAGUAUUCACUCCACUUCAACAUGUAUUACCUUGUUGCUCAUGGUUUGUGUUGUAUGUUGUCAAAAAUGAGUGUUUUUGUUUUAGUUCUGCUAACAUUAUUUUUUGGUAUUCUCUCUAUUCUGAUAUUCUUAAUCAUGAAUUUUGCGUUUUUCCUCUCAGAAUUUGCUGGUGUUUAGAUCACAGUUGUAAUAUUUGUGCAAUUUAUUAAAUGUACUUUCUUUGAAAUC